UUCGACGACCUUAGCAGGAUAAGAAGGAAGGACUGCACUCUUCAUCAUGACAGGCUAGUCCUACACUUACCCUCUUCUAAAACCGAUCAAUUCCGCCAAGGCAGAGAUGUUACCAUUGCUAGGACAUCCAACCCGACCUGUCCCGUCAUUAUAGCCGAGCGAUAUUUCGCAGCUUUAGGCGAUCCUCCUCAUUCUCACCUACCAGUGAUUCGCAGGCUUGCUCGUUCCAAACGCGGUCUAGUCGCCACUUCUCACGGCCUAAGUUACACCAGAACUCGCGAGAUUGUCCUGGAGGCGUUGAAGCCCCUUGUUCCCGACGUCUCUAAGUUCGGUUUGCACAGUCUCCGGUCGGGUGGAGCUUCAUCCGCUAGUAACAAUCGAGUUUCUCCCUUUCUGAUUUCACAACAUGGUCGUUGGAAGUCAGACAAAGCCAGGGACACAUACAUAAAAUCGGACGCAACGUCAAAUCUUCUUCCUUCACAAUCCCUCGGGAUUUAAGCUUUAAAUCCCAAUCCUUUAUCAUUGUUGUCGAGUUAAUUUUCUUGGCUGUGUUUUUGCUUAUGCAUACUUUGCAAUGUUCAUAUCAUUCUGAACAAAUAUGAGUCUAUUGAAUAAACAGCGAGCUAAUAAUCAUUGCCCAGCUCUGACCAAACAUGUUCAAUCUUUUGUCAUUGUUGUUAUUUUUCAGUAUUUGUCACCUGAGGUAGAUAAAGAAAGGAAAUUAACUUUCCGACGUUGUAACACAUAGGAGGAAAGUGGAAUUUCUUUUCGGUAUCCAACGCAAGGUGUUCCUUUUGUGUUUCUUACGUAACUGCGUAUUUCGAGUUUUCUCGUUGCGCUAACAAGCAUAUCUUUUCCAUUCUCGGCUCAGCAUUAUUAGCUCGCGCACGUUUGGAAACCAGCUCCAGAUUUUCUCUACGAGCCCUGCUACCGUAUUUUUUCCGUCAAGAUAGCGGCAUGGACGUGGACGAGACCACGCCCGGCCCAGCCACGUCUCACAACAUUUUACAAGCCAUCCAGGCUCUUCAACGAAAGGUGGACUCUGCCUCCCGGAAAUCUGCCAAGCCCGAAAGCUCCCCCUCCUUCAAGAGUGAGGGAAACAAGCAGCAAUACGACCACGCCCAGAAAAUUUUUCAGUGCAUUGACGACGCUCUACAUUCGCUGCAGGAUAUCGAUAUCGAGGCCGCAAAGGAGCGUCUACUCGAGGCAUCCGCCCUCCUUACUCAGAGGCAGAAACUGAUUCGCCUGGCAGACCGCUCCCCUUUGGGCUGGGCCACAGUCAAAGAGUAUAUCGCAGACGACCUCGCGGAGAAUUCCGAUGACGAAAAACGUCUCAGAAAGGCGGAGAAGGCUGCAGCCACCAAAAGGGCCGAAACAGCCAAAAAGUCGAAGAUUCAGCCCCCCUUCCGGGCCCCCCGCUCUUCUGUACCUCCUCGCAUUAUGCCUGGGACUUUUCGUCGCUUCAACCCCUACCGUUCUGAAACCCGCAUCUGCUUCCAGUGUGGCAUCUCCGGUCACGUCCGCCCCAACUGCCCCGCUCUGCGAGCCGCUAGAAGUGCCGUCAACCAGCAACAGCCAUCCAAGGCCCCCUUCUAGUGCCCCACCCGCCUCAUCUCUCGACCCGCCUUCAGGCGUGCAAGCUAACUUUCAGAAACAUGGUCCGCCAAGCAAGACUCCAUCUCCGAUCCGCAUCUACGCAGCCUAGCCGCUGAUGUUCUUCCAUCCCUACUCAUGUCUGCCAAAGCUUCAUCUACCACAUCAAAAUACAAAUCCCGUUGGGACAAAUGGGUCCAGUGGGCGAGCUCCAAAUCUCUACCCACAUUUCCAGUCCAAGCGUACCACCUCUGUCUAUACCUUUCCCAUCUGUCUUCCGUUAGCGGGGCCAAGACUCUAGCAGAUUCCCUCGUCGCGUCAGUGAAAUGGGCGCACAGUCUCGCAGGCCUUCCUUCACCCACAGAUGACCCUAUGGUAAAAACAGCAGUGCAGGGGUAUAACCGGACUCACUCUUCCCCUGUUUGUCGUAAGGAGCCUGUUACACCAGAAAUCCUGUCCCAUCUUCGCGCAUCACACGGUCAGCUCAAUGCAUCUUUAGCUGAUCUACGCAUUUUGUUUAUAUGCUUCAUUUCUUAUGCUGGAUUCCUACGCUUCGACGACCUUAGCAGGAUAAGAAGGAAGGACUGCACUCUUCAUCAUGACAGGCUAGUCCUACACUUACCCUCUUCUAAAACCGAUCAAUUCCGCCAAGGCAGAGAUGUUACCAUUGCUAGGACAUCCAACCCGACCUGUCCCGUCAUUAUAGCCGAGCGAUAUUUCGCAGCUUUAGGCGAUCCUCCUCAUUCUCACCUACCAGUGAUUCGCAGGCUUGCUCGUUCCAAACGCGGUCUAGUCGCCACUUCUCACGGCCUAAGUUACACCAGAACUCGCGAGAUUGUCCUGGAGGCGUUGAAGCCCCUUGUUCCCGACGUCUCUAAGUUCGGUUUGCACAGUCUCCGGUCGGGUGGAGCUUCAUCCGCUAGUAACAAUCGAGUUUCUCCCUUUCUGAUUUCACAACAUGGUCGUUGGAAGUCAGACAAAGCCAGGGACACAUACAUAAAAUCGGACGCAACGUCAAAUCUUCUUCCUUCACAAUCCCUCGGGAUUUAAGCUUCAAAUCCCAAUCCUUUAUCAUUGUUGUCGAGUUAAUUUUCUUGGCUGUGUUUUUGCUUAUGCAUACUUUGCAAUGUUCAUAUCAUUCUGAACAAAUAUGAGUCUAUUGAAUAAACAGCGAGCUAAUAAUCAUUGCCCAGCU